AUGGCAGAAUACAAGGCAACACUACCCAUCAGCCCUCAAGGGUCCAUCAUCUCGGACUCCAACGCGGCCCCCGAGCAGAAGCCAGUUGUCCGUGUCACUAAAGUGAAGCUAUCGCGUACAAGCACACGCAAGGUACGCACCGGGUGCAUUACUUGUAAGAAACGUCAUAUCAAAUGUGACGAGUCCAAACCACAUUGCGGCAACUGUCUGCAGACCCGCGGCCACUGUGAAGGUUAUCUCCCGGAUCAGAAGAAGAACAAAAAGUCCUCAGGGCCCGCAGAACUCUGUUGGGAUUCUACCCAGGCCAUCAUCCCUCGAGUAGCAGCAGCAGCAGCAGCAGCAUCGCCCACGGCGCAGACGAAACUGAACAUCAACACGGUCGACUUCCGCGAUGACAACAGCAUGUCCUACUUCCAGGAGUUCGUCGGCCUGGUCCGAGGCCCGUGGAUGAGAGCUGCCUCUACCGGCGAUCUGUGGGAAGUCAUGCUGCCCCAGCUGUCCCGCAACAAUGGCACUCUCCGCUCCGCCGCCAUGGCCAUCGGCGCCUUGAGCGUGUGGUACCGCCAGUCCGCCUAUGUCUCCCUCCAUGCCAUCACCGUACCCGACCAGCCCACCGCGCAAGGAGACACCCACUACUUCCAGGCUGUAGCUCACUACUGCGACUCUCUUAAGAUGCAGUGUAGACGGGCCUCCGCCCAGGACGCUGUCUUCCUCUCUGUCCUCCUCCUCUUCUUUGAGAUUCUUCGGGGCAAUAGGAAAGCCGCACUCGAUCACGUCAACCACGCUCUGUCCCUUCUCCUCGCCCUCGUGACGGACACAGAUGCCCACCAUCGCCUAGCCGACCUCGCGCCUAACCCCAUGCCCGUCAUUGGCGCCGUGGCAGAUGUCUUCAACCAUUUGGCGAAGCAGGCCCGCACCGUCUUCAGGGGUCGUAUCCUCGACGGCCCGCCCCUCCCAAAUCUUGCAAAGCGCCUGCAGAGUACGAAUCAGACAAUGGAGACCUUCAUGAUGCUCCUCAACCAGACGCAGAGCGAGGCCGCCAAUUCACCAGAGUCUUAUCCCGACUCGUUCGAUACCCUCGAACAGUUUGAGCAAAUCUGGCCCGCCAUACGACGUCACCAAGCCGCCAUGGGCGCCGUCAUGGAGGACAUAUUCAAAAAGUCUGGCUUCCGCGGCGCAGACGACGACGUCACCAUCACCAAGCUCCACCUCGAGCUCUUUGGGAACCCUCGCAUUCUCAGCUUUUGCGAAAACUUCCACAAGUCCAUGGUCAAGCUCAACACGGGCUUCCAACCCCUCUUCAAUCAAAUCAUGCAAGCCGACGUCGGAUCUCCGACCUACCUCCGCGCCAUCCUCCUACGCAUCGAGUUCAUGGGCGUCUACAUCUUCAGCAAUGCGCCCUCCUUUAUCGAAGACGCGAGCGCCCGCGCCCUGACGCCGCUGUACCGCGAGUACAUCUCCCUUGCGCACAUCGCCACGAGGGCCGCCAAGAAAGAGUUCGAGACGAACCCGGCCCACCACCUCUCUCUACAGUGCAGCCUGAGCUGGUGCCUCCUCAUCAUCUCCCUCUUCUGCCGCGACCCUCUCGUGCGCGACGAGGCCAUGUGGAUCUUGAAGGAGUACCCGGGCCAGGACGGCAUAUGGAGCAUCCGCGCUCUGUACGCCCUGGCUCUGCGGAACCGCCACGUCGAGCGGGUGAACGCCAUCGGCACGCCCGACGAACAGUGGCGCCGGCUGUGGCGCCGCGAAUUCGUCUUCGAGGACAGCGGCGACCGCGUCGUGCUGCGUUACAUGGAGAGAGACGAGACGGCGAGGAAGUGGCAGCUGGUGGAAGAGGCGGCCGAUAUCCCCAGAGACGGCGGGGAGGCCCGGUGGAAGCGGCAACCUCUCACGAUACAUAGCGGACUGCUCAUCUUGGACCUGUUUAACGCUGUGGCUCAGGGUGACAUGGACACGAGGUUACCGAUUGGCAGGCCAUGCUGA